CAUUAGUGGUAACAACCAAACAAAUGUGUGGGAACAUUCGAGCCGUCCGGAAUGUCAACGGCAGACUUUUUUUGUUCCGCUUGCAGCCGGCACGACUGCUCGGGCAUCGAUUGCUUUUGCCGGAAACAAAAUGUCCGCCUGCCGUUGUUAUCUAGCGACUUGGGUGAAAAAGAGAACUGCUGACGCGCUGCCUUCUUUUCGAGUGUAAAAGUCAACUUUUUUUGUUUUUUUUUGUCGUGUUAUCGCAGACCAUCACGCACGGUGCCACACUUUGACGCCAGGAAUGUUCCGAGGAGCAAAAGAAUGGAAGAGAAAGCCUUAGAAGUGUACGACGUGAUCCGAUCCAUCCGAGACCCGGAGAAGCCCAGCACGCUGGAGGAGCUGGACGUGGUGACGGAGAAGUGCGUGGAGGUCCGGGAGCUGGGCCCCGACGAGUACCUCAUCGUCAUCAAGUUCUCGCCGACCGUCCCGCACUGCUCCCUGGCCACGCUCAUCGGUUUGUGUUUACAAGUCAAGCUGCAGAGAUGUCUGCCCUUCAAACAUAAACUGGAGAUUUACAUCAGCGAGGGAACGCACUCCACCGAGGAGGACGUCAACAAGCAGAUCAACGACAAGGAACGCGUGGCCGCCGCCAUGGAGAAUCCCGACCUCAGGGAAAUCGUGGAGCAGUGCGUCAUCGAACCUGACGACUGACUCAUCACGCCGCGUGUGUGCGUCUCCGUAUAUGUGUGUGUGUGUGUCUGUGUAUGCAUGUAAAGCGUGUGUAUAGAUGUGAAAUGUGUGUGUGUGUCUGUAGAUGCAGGCAUCUUGGCCUAAACUCCCAUAAUUCCUCUCUGCCGUGGCGAUGGGUCGGAGGUGUCUGAUUGCUAUUCUGCUUUCCUUCCUGGACAUAAAAGUUCGAGAUUUUCUUUUCCAUGGUGACACGCACGCACGCACGCGCGCGCAAACUCACGCAUCAAUGCAAAUGUCCUGUUUGUGCGUUGACUUGCUGUCAGGAAAGUUUUAUUAAAAGCACCGUCAAAGGCG